UAAUAAAGAAAAGGAGGAGAAGAAGUGAAGAACAAUGCACCGAACUCCAAGGGUCCCUCAUGACAUCAGUGCAAGUCUAUCGCCCGGAGAUACUGGGUAGAGGCGGAUGCAAUGGAUAAGCAAACCCAUGUUUUUCUCCUCUUCACUCAAAUCUUUACACCCAAUUCCACAUCUAUCGUCCCGCUGAAGAAGAAAACCUAACCGAAGACUUUCCCAUGAGAAAUUUACAGGCAUGAUUUUGAUUUUCUUGUUCACUAAAUGACGGCCCCUGUAAAGAAUUUCGGACAUAGCCCCUUUAUCUUAAUUUCCAAAUCGUAGACCCAAUUAACAUUUGCAUAUAUGUAUGCUCUGAUGCAACUUAUUGUUAGUGCAGAUAUGACAGCCCUGAGUUAUUGGUUGAACUGGAGGUUCUUGCUAUGUGCAAUAUGGGUUCUUACACCUACCAUUUUAGCGUUGUUUGUAAUAGGGAAAUAUGAAGGUCAGAACCAUCGGAAAUCUGAGCAGGGAAAAGCUCAGCAAGAAGCAAUUAAUGCUUUGCAUAUUGAUGAAGCAUGGAGGCCUUGUCUAAGGGGAAUUCACCCCAUUUGGUUGUUAGCUUUCCGAGUCAUUUCGUUCUGUUGGCUUUUUGCAUCACUCGUCGACAAAGUUCUAAUUAGCGCACCGAGCAUAUUUUUCUAUUAUACCCAGUGGACUUUUACUUUGGUUACCAUAUAUUUUGGGCUUGGGGCACUGCUUUCCAUUUAUGGCUGUUUCCAGUAUCACAAAAUAAGCAGCAGGGAUCUUAAUGAACACCAUGUCAGCAUAGAUGCAGAGCAAGGAUACUACACACCAUUGACAUGCCAGGAAAGAACAGAUGUACCUGAAGUGAGGAAGGAUGAAGAAAUCCAUGUUUCUCAAGCAAUACGGACUUCAAGUUAUGUCUUUCAAGUUAUAUUCCAGACAAGUGCCGGGGCAGUGAUGCUAACAGAUUGCAUAUAUUGGUCAAUUAUAUAUCCAUUUCUUACAAUCAAAGAUUAUGAUCUGAGUUUCAUGACAGUGAAUAUGCAUACGCUCAAUGCUGUCUUAAUCCUCGGCGAUACAGUUUUGAAUUGCCUGCCCUUCCCUUGGUUUCGAUUUGCUUACUUUGUCUUGUGGACGAGUGCUUUCACCAUUUUCCAGUGGAUUCUUCAUGCUUGUGUCUCAAUUAGGUGGCCUUACCCAUUCCUUGACUUAUCAUCCCCAUAUGCUCCAUUAUGGUACUUAGUGACGGCGUUGCUGCAUAUUCCGUGCUAUGGCUUAUUUGCAUUAAUUGUGAGAACAAAGCAUUACCUGCUCUGGAAAUGGUUCCCUCCAUCUAAUCAUUGGUGAAGAUGACAGUUGUUUGGCCUGUAGUACUCUGUGCCAUGUCAAAGUUGGAUUCAGUUUCUUCCACAGUUCCUAGUGGUUGGCGAAACAUUUCCUUUUUGCACCUCAAGGUGUUUUCCCGGUAAUAUAUUGAGCGAUAAACAUGUGAGGAUGUGACCUAGUGGUAGAGAUGUAGGGGUGCAACCUAGAAGUCACAAAUUUAAUUCCUUGAAACAGCCAUGUAUGUCCCCGACCCUGUGAGGGGGCCUUGUUACUGUUAUUGUUGUGACCAAGUCUUGAUGGCAUGAGUAAUUACCAAUGUAUAAGAUAAGUAGUUUCGAAUUGAAGAUUUCA